GCGUCGCUCUGCUCUUUGUUGUUGGUGAUGACAGCAGAACGUUGUUGAUGCUGAGACUCAGAGACUCAGAGACUCAGACUGAAGCUCCGGAGCCCCCCCCGGUCAGUGUCCCGUCAGUGUCCCGUCAGUGUCCCGCUCGCUGCGCACAUCAUGUCUGUGAACAUGGACGAGCUGCGGCACCAGGUGAUGAUCAACCAGUUCGUCCUGACCGCGGGUUGCGCCGCGGACCAGGCGAAGCAGCUGCUCCAGGCGGCCCACUGGCAGUUCGAGACGGCCCUGAGCUCCUUCUUCCAGGAGGCGAACAUCCCCAGUCACCACCACCAGAUGAUGUGUACGCCCAGAAACACUCCCGCCACGCCACCGAACUUCCCCGACGCCAUCACCAUGUUCUCCAAACUACGAGCGUCUGAGUGCGGCCCCAGCGUCGGCAGCGGCCCCUCCCAGGCGUCCAUGGCCUGCUCCCCCCCGGCCCCCUCUUCCACGUCGGGGUUUGGCUCCUUCUGGGCUUCGUCGCCGCCCGGCCACCAGCCGGCCUGGCUGCCGCCCUCGUCGCCCACCGGCCACCACAUGCACCACCACCACUACCACAUGCAACAGACUCCCAUGUGGCCCCCGGUGUCUCAGCCCAGCGGCUCCCAGCAGCCCCCUGUCGUAUCUGCACUCCACGGUCAGAGAUGAGACUGUGGGGGGGGGGGCAGGACGGGCGGUGGGGUCACAUGGCGACAAAAGAUUCUGUUUGGGGAGCAGGAGAUGGGGAGGGGGGGGGGUUUCAUGUGUGAAGAAGACGAAGAUCCUGCUUCUUCUUCUCCUGAGGAAACUGAAGACGAACAGUUUGUCUCCUGCGUCUUCAUCGUGUCCACGUUGACCAGCAGGUCACCGACAACCUAAAGACUCAAACGUGUCCGUGUGGAUGAAGCUGGAGAAAAACACCAUGAAUGAUGGAUGAAUUUGGUAAAAGGACAAAACGCGCAAUAAUUUGAUGAUUUGGAAAAUGCCACAUUCCCCGUGUGGUUCUUUUCUCGUCCUGCUGGUGACCGAGCAGGAGCUGGGUUCUAAUCCUCCAGCUUCAGUGAUGGAUUUCAGUUCCAUAACGAGAGGCCGUCACCAGACAAGACACACGUUCACCUGCGUAGAGACGAUUGAGCCGUGGACGGGGGUUCACCGUGUUUCUGUCUGUGCAGCGGUUCGAGGCCGACUCAGUGAUUUUCCACACAACCUUUUCAGACGCUCAACCACUCCUACCUCUGUCUGAAUGGGAGAGGCCCCACGCGCUCUGAAUGUAUUCACAGUCGGGAUCAGAGGGUUUAGACGAGUCCAAACUGAACUAAAGACGGACGCUCGGGUAAAAUCCGUCUCCUCAGACCUGAAUGAUUGUUCAGAUCCACAAACCAACCUGAGACUCUUCUGUUCUCUUUCUCUCUUUUAUAAUUAACAUAAAACAUUUUUAAAAAUCACCUGUAGAUUAGUGUCAAGUUUUAAUUGUGAAAAACAAAACGUCACCUCAUGUCGGGAAGAGACGGGAUUCAGAUCCAGAAGGUUUCGUUUUUCACACUUUCACAGACAAUCAACCUUCUCCUGUGUUUCUAUUGUUUUUAUUGUCCAGCAGGUUGGUUCCAGCUCGUCGGGCUGGGUGAGCUGCGACAUGUUGAGCUCCAGCACGUGAUGAGAUCAUAUUUUAACAUGUGACGCAGAAAUGAUCCAAACUUACUUUAAUGGAAAAAUCUGCCCCGAAGAAAAAGCAGCCGUGUGACGGGUUUGACUUUUCUGGGUUCAUUUAGGUUUUUGUGAAUUUGUCUGAAUAAAUCAGAUUAACGUUAGAGAACAGGUGACGACGUGUUGAUGUUCCUCCUCUUUGGGAUUUACUGUCUUUAAACGCUACGUACGUGGUUUUUUAAUCGGCCCAUUUCUCGGUUCAUCGACUCAUUUUGUUUGUAAAACCUCAGAGAAAUAGUGUUGAGAACAGAUUUCUUCAGUUUACUCAGUUCAGACGUAACCAUCAAAUGUUUGGAUUGCAAUGUGAUUGAAAUGAUUAUCGAGACUUAAUUCAUCAGACAGAUUACUGCAGCAAAUCUGACAAACGGCUGCAGACUCGAAGAUCACGUGACGAUACUGAAAUAAAGGAGAAAUGUCUGAUUUUAGUAAGAACAUUGUUAUGAUCCUUUUAAAUCCAGAUGUCUUCUCAUGGCUGUGAGCUGAGGGCAGAUGUUUCCUUUAAAUCAAACAGGCUAACGUGUUGAAUGUUCGUCCGUCCUGACGCGUUCGCUGUCAGCGGCAGGUUCAGGUCUUUGUGGACGUCCUGUCAGCUGGAGGCCGGACACAGUUUGAGUCUCAAACAUCCUGAGGAUUUUACAAAUGAUCUUUAAGACACUUUUUCUCCAUUCAGGAUUUUGUUCUUAUCACUUGGACGAUAUUUCAGAAACUCACUCUGUUGUGAUCCAUGACUCUUUUAUAGAGAUUUCUCUCGAGUUCAUUUCUUCUGCUGAGAUUUGUAUUUAUAUGUUUAAUAAAACAAGGUAUGAUCUA